AACAGAAAGUGGAAAGAUAACAUUUUAUGGCAUUGGCCCUGUGUUUUAAACCUCUGUCCUUACCAUUAAACCAUACAUUACAAUGUCCUACUUCACGGCGGUUCUCCGCCAUGUGCUCUGCUGUAGCUCAAUCCGAUUCUUCCUCUCAGUCGUUAUCGUCGUCUCCAGCAGUCACUCAUCGUCCUGCUGUCAUUCUUCCUGGCUUAGGGAACAAUACAGGUGACUAUCAGAAAUUAGCAUUGACUUUACAAGGAUAUGGUGUUCCAACUGUGGUGGCCAAUGUUUCGAGAGUUGACUGGCUAAGGAAUGCUGCUGGCUUGGUUGACCCUAAUUACUGGCGAGGCACACUCCAACCUCGCCCUGUUCUUGAUUGGUAUUUGGGUCGGGUUGACGAGGCUGUCAAUGAAGCUUUGAAACAAUCUAAAGGUGGCUCCUUGUCGAUUAUUGGACACUCUGCUGGAGGGUGGCUGGCUCGGGUGUACAUGGAAGAGUUCACUCAGGCAAAUAUUUCCUUGCUUCUCACUCUGGGAUCACCUCUUCAGCCACCACCAAAAGGGUUGCCCGGAGUUGUUGACCAAACAAGGGGUUUGUUGAAUUAUGUAGAAAAAAACUGCAAGAAGGCUGUUUAUACUCCAGAACUGAGAUACGUCUGUGUUGCAGGAAGGUAUAUCCAGGGGAGUCGUUUCUUUGGUAACUCAGAUCCUUCCACAACUAUUCCAAUUGCCAUCGAGCAAACUGUUCCUGAUGACAUUAUUGCAAAUAAUACAAGCACCAUAACAUCAAACGGUGCUACAUUUCGCACUCGCUUCAUUGGUCAAGGCUAUAAACAGGUGUGUGGCCAGGCAGACGUAUGGGGUGAUGGAGUUGUUCCAGAGGUAUCAGCUCAUCUGGAGGGUGCUUUUAACAUUACUUUGGACGGGGUGUAUCACUCACCCGUUGGUUCUGACGAUGAAUCAAGACCGUGGUAUGGCUCACCAGCUGUCCUAGAGCAAUGGGUACACCACCUACUCAACUAGUAAUGUCCCUGUAUUAGCGUAUAUAAUAUUGUACAGUACAGAUUCUUUCCAUGGAAAUGAGACAAUUGUAAAUCUGAAUGUUCCACCAGAAUUAUAGUCUUACAUAAUCCUAUAAAUUUCUCUGGGAUUUUGAAAUUGAAGCUGUAAUAUAUUUUCAUAUAGUGUCAAA